AUGCUUUUUUUUCUGUAUAGACCAUUAACUGCUGAAGAUAUAGCACAAGAACGUGAACUUAUUAAACAAAAGGAAGCUGAAGAGACAACAACAACAAAUGAAGAAUUAACAAAUGAAACUGUAGAAAACGACGAUCAGUCGACGACAGAAAAAGAUGUUAGAGAUUCAAUAAAAACAGAAUCGAAUGAAAAUGUAUUUCUUGCAUUUGCACGUGUUUAUAGCGGAAGAUUAAAACAAGGACAAAAAAUUUUUGUUUUAAGUCCAUGUCAUGAUCCAACAUUGUUCGUUGGAAAAGUAAGAUUAAUUAUCUUACUUAAAAUAAUAAAUUUCGUUUCUUAG